AUGCAGAGUCGUGUUCCCACCAGCGAGGCAUGGUGGCUGAAGCAGGGACCUCAGGGCCGUCGGGCUCGUAGGCCGCUUCUUCGGCGCCGGCGAGCACAGCAACAAGAGUCGCGAGGUGGACAACCUAGCCCCGGCGAGGCUAUUCGUGGGCCUACCCAUCGACUCGGUCACGAACGGGCACGGAACUGUGGGCAUAAUCGGAGAUCUGUGGCUGCAAGCUUAGUUCAGGCUGUAUAUGUGUUAGAGAGAGACCGUCAACUGAAUCAUCAAUCUGUUGAAGCCUUGGCACCUGCUUGGUGGGAAUUCUUCCAUUUUGAGCUGAUUCGCAAGCUGAUUGAUGAUGCUGAUAUGUCCAUAUUUGGUGCAAUAUUUGAAUUCAAUCCUCCUUCAAGUGAAGAAGCUUCUGUUGCAAAUGCUCCAAGAUUUGUCAUCGCUUUCAGAGGCACCAUAACAGAGAAGGAUACUAUCUCUAGGGAUCUUUCCCUGGACCUGCACCUUGUUCAAAAUGGUCUCCAUAGGACCUCGAGAUUUAAUAUUGCAAUGCAAGCUGUUCAAAACGUUGCCUCAGUUUUCCCUGGAUCCACGAUUUGGCUAGCAGGCCAUUCACUAGGUGCAGGCAUGGCCAUCCUUACUGGAAGAAACAUGGUUAAGAAGGGUGUGCUUUUAGAAAGCUUUCUCUUCAACCCACCAUUUGUUGCUGCUCCAAUUGAGAGGAUCAGGGAUGAAAGGGUAAAGCACGGUUUUCGUAUUGCAAGAAGUGUAAUUACUGCUGGAUUAACUAUUGCCAUGAAAGCUAAAACUGAGGGUAACAGUCAGAGAUCUGUUGCUGAAGAAUCUUUCAGCAUUUUGUCAUCAUGGACACCAUAUCUAUUCGUUAAUCCAGGAGACCACAUCUGUUCAGAGUACAUUGGGUACUUCCAGCACCGGAAGAACAUGGAAGAUCUUGGUGCUGGAUUUAUUGAGAAGCUUGCGACCCAGAAUUCCAUUGGAGACCUGUUCUUCAAGGCAUUAGGAUGGGAAUCAGAACCACUGCACCUUCUUCCAUCUGCUGAUAUAAUCAUCAAUAAAAUGCAAAAUAAUGUGUUCUUUUAUUCAAAUGAGAAAUGCCUUGAUAACGUUAGCCUCUUGCCUGAUUCUUGUUCAGGACAACAUAGCAGGUCAUAUCCAAUGGGUGGGUUUGUGGCUGCUUCUGAUGUAGCAAAUGGGCUGCUGGGAGGUGCUAUUGCUGCUGCUGUUGCAGCUGGUGCUGGUGCAGUAGCAGUAGCUGGUAUUGGUGCUACUGUUGCUACUGGUGCUGGUGCUGCCAUUGUAGCAGUUGGUGCUGCUGCAGGGGGUCCUAGGGCCAUGAGACCUAACAAAGUCUUCAAGAAUAAAGAUGUUAACCAUGUUGCCAAAGCCCUUAAGGAGUACAAUGGGGAGGCAGAUCAUCCUAAAGACGUAGAGAUUCUAAACUGCCCUAUAAGGUUCUACACUGAGAUGGAGUCCAUCUUUGGCCAUGCUAUGGCCACUGGUAGGUUUGCACUUGCUUCUGGUGAAGCCCUAGGGGCCAACCAGGCUGAGAGUGUUGCUGCUAAGCUAGAGGGUCCUUCCUCUACCCAUGUUCCUGCUAAGAAGAUCCACACUGAUGUAGGAUGCAGCAACAAGGCCACAAAGCUCCUCUCCUUAGCUGUGGGUGCAAAGAGGAAGAGAGGCGCCUUUAGUGAGGAUGAGAUGCUUAUGUUAACCAACAUGUCUGAUGCUGUGAACAAUGUUGCCAAUGCUCUUAGGGAGACUAGACCAGCCCAUGUUGAUGCUGACCUCUACCUUGCUGUGAUGGAGAUGCUUGGUUUUACUGAGGAGGCACUGAUAGUGGCCUACACCUACCUGCUGGACAACAAGGGCCAAGGCAGGGGCUUUGUUGGCAUGAGUGACAGCCAUAGGGACAUUUGGCUCAGGAACUACCUAGCUAAGAACUACUACAUGUAG